AACAGUAGAAGUUACAGCAGUAGAAGUUACAGCAGGAGAAGUUACAGCAGUAGAAGUUACAACAGUAGAAGUUACAACAGUAGAAGUUACAGCAGGAGAAGUUACAACUGUAGAAGUUACAAGACUAGCAGUUACGAUUUGAAGACAAAGAACCUAAUUUAAUAAAUACCAUGGAUAUGGAUGAUUGUAUAUAUGCCAAUCAAAGACCCAUAAAGCCCCGCAAGAAGGAUGGAGUGGGUGAUCAACAUUCAGUGUGGAAGAGACGUUUCCUAGCUGCUGCAGUGUGUCUGGGGCUGCUGUGUGUUCUCCUACUGGCUGGGAUCAUAGGCCUCUUACUCUACCAGAGAAACCUAUUGAACAGUUACAACACCCUGACUGCAGAGAGAGACCAGCUACAGGCCAGUUCCAACACCCUGACCAAAGAGAGAGACCAGCUACAGAUCAGCUACAACACCCUGACAGCAAAGAGAGACCAGCUACAGACCAGUUAUAACACACUGACAGCAAAGAGAGACCAGCUACAGAGCAGUUAUAGUUACCUGACUAAAGAGAGAGACCAGCUACAGACCAGCUACAACAACCAGACUGAAGAGAGAGACCAGCUACUGGCCAUUAUUAAUAAAUACAGAAUAUGUCCCCAAGUCUGGAAGAAGUCUGGCUGCAGUUGUUACUACAUCUCCCCUGAUGAGAAAACGUGGGAUGAGAGCAGAAAGGACUGUCAGGCGAGAGGAGCAACCCUGGUGAUCAUCGACAGCAGAGAGGAACAGGCUUUAAUCAAAACAUUCAACAAAAAAGACUGGUUUGGUCUGACUGACAUAGAAGUUGAGGGAACCUGGAGAUGGGUGGAUGGCACACCACUGACCACAAGUUACUGGAACAAAGGGGAGCCAAAUGAUUUGCAAGGUGAAGACUGCGCUUUGGUUGACAACACUCUAAAGGACCCAGUACUGGCUUGGAAUGAUGUGCCAUGUAACCACAAAAAUGGUUGGAUCUGUGAAAGGCAGGUGUGUUAAGUCUAUCAAUAACAGGUUGAGGUUGGGA